AUGAACACUGAGGGAUCGUCAGGAGAUAACGAGGAGGAAGGUGGCGGUGAGGCUAUACCGUGUAAAUGGGCGAAAUGUCAAUAUGUUAGCGCAUCACCGGAUCAAUUAUAUGAACAUUUAUGCAAUGCUCAUGUGGGAAGAAAGAGUACGAAUAAUCUUUGUUUGACUUGUGGGUGGGAAGGAUGUGGGGUCAAGUGCGUGAAGAGAGAUCAUAUCACUAGUCAUUUGAGAGUCCACACACCUUUGAAACCUCACCCAUGCGGUGUAUGCAAAAAGACAUUUAAACGACCUCAAGAUUUGAAAAAACAUGAACGUAUACAU